AAGUUAUCAACGAUGACAACUGUCGAAGAGGAUCUUCUUCUCAACGAACCAGUAGCAACAGAAUAUGAUGGUUUGACGGCAAUCGACGAGGAUUUUCUUCUUGGUGCCGGAGACGUGUCUCGAAAAGGUACUCAAGAAUCGACCGAUGAUCUUUUAGGUUCUUCUGAGCCUUUCGAUCAGGAAGACAUUCUUGAUACAGUUCCCGAACAAACUGAUGAAAACGAAGACGAAGCUGGAGACGAUGAACUGGAAAGUGAGAAGGAAGAAUUGGAUUAUGAUGAAGAGGAAGAUGAUGAAGAUCGCAGAGAACGAACUAGUCGCUAUACAUCCGAAAAGAAAGGUUCUCGAAAGGAUUCAGUAGAGGGAGAUGAGAAUAAGAAAGAAAAUGGACAAGAUGAGACAAAGCGUUCUGGAAUUCCAUCACUGUUCGAUAAGACCAUCACAAACAAUCCAAUGAAGAGCGGUGACCAACCAAUAGGCGUUAUUCUACGAAUCGAAGGUGAAGCUGAACGAGUCUUCUAUCCACCUCCAUCGUUCAUGGAACCUAAACUCAAUAUUGUUCCACGUCUUCCAAAUGGUAUUCCACUUAUUGGUGUUCCUUCCAGUCAUGGACGAGCUGGUUUUGGAGCAAAUUAUCAGGACCAAGCAAGAAUGGCUGCUGGUGGUGGAAUGGCUGGAAUGCCAAUGGGAUGGGAGAAUCAAGUGAAUGCAUUCCUAAAUAACACAACGAAAUCGAAAUCAAGAGGCAGAGACACUCGUAAGAGAAGAAGCUCAUCAUAUUCCAGUACUUCCAGCUCAAGCGAUGGUCGUUCAAGAUCCAGAAGUUCUUCAAGAAGUGAUCGUAGAAGAAGAGAUGAUAGGAAGAGACCUCGUGAAGAUCGUGAUCGAAAGGAUUAUAGAAGAGAUGGUAGAAGAGAUGGAAGACGAGAUGACAGAAAACGUCAUGAUGAUCGUAGAAGAGACUCUUAUCAUCGAGAUUCUGACAAGGACAUCAAACGUAGAAAAGAGCAAAGUAAACAUUCCGCGAUGGAAAGUGCAAAGGCUCUUGGUUUAUCAAAUGAUUACAUUGAUCAAGUAAAUGAGCAAAAGCGAAAGCGUGAGGAGAUUGUUCGUAAGAAAGAGGAGAGAAGACAUGCUCCAGUUUCUGAAAAGAAAGAAGUCCCAACUACAGUGUCUACAAAUACAUCUUCUGCAGCCUAUGCCAAUUCGAAAGACAAAACAAAGGCAUAUCUGGCAGUAAACGUUACUGGAGUCCAACAACUUCCAACCGCCGUAAAAAAGAUUGAAGCUAUUGCCAGUGAGCUGGGUCCGAUCAAGAAAUGCUGGAGAUCGGAUGAAGAUGUUGUUUCAAUCAUCUUCAAUGCUCACGACAAGGCCAAAGACUUCAUGCUAAAGCACAAUGGAAAAGUCCUCUCUGGCCUGCGAAUAACUGUUUCCCUGGAAAAGAAGUUCCUGAAUCUCAACGACGUCAAUUAAUAAUUGAAUCAAAAUCGUUUUAUUAUUAUUUUUAUGUUUUUGUGUACAAAAAAUAAACCUAAAUUUAAAAUUU